AUGUCUGAGACUAAUGAGAUUGAGAAUGUAGAAAGGGAGGACGACAUUUCUAAGAAGAAGAGAACCUUCCGAAGGUACACAUAUAGGGGAGUUCCGGUUGAGGAGCUUGAGAAGAUGGCAUUUAGCGAGGUUGCAAAGCUUUUUCCAUCGAGACUCCGCAGGAAGAUUAGAAGAGGCCUUUCGUCGCGCGAGGUGCAGCUAAUCAAGGACUGUAUUGCAUCAAAGGCAGCUUGUUCCUCGACACUUGAGAAGCCUGAGAUGGUGCGUACACAGGCAAGGUCUGCAAUUAUCUGGCCAGCUAUGAUUGGAGCCCUGGUCGGGGUUCAUGUUGGAAAUGGAUACCUUCCUAUUGAAAUCAAGCCUGAGAUGAUUGGAUAUACUUUAUCUGAGUUUGCACCCACUAGGGUUAUUCCAAAGCAUGGUAGGCCGGGAAUAGGAGCAAGCUCAUCCUCCAAGUUUGUUCCGUUGAAAUAA